CUCCACUUUUCUCUCUCUGCCUCUUCUCUCUCUCUCUCUCUCUCUCUCUCUCAUUAAUCAUCAUCUAGUUUUUCAAGCUCGUUUUCUGGUUCUCAAGCUCUUCGAGCGGCGGAGAAGUACGAAGCCAGUAAUGGAGUGAAGCUGUAUAAAUCAAUCAACGAACAAACGGUUGUUUGGAUAAGGAAAAAUCAGAUUUUGUAAAGGAUAAUUAUUUCACAAUGGGAUUUCAAAGACUGCAAGCCAAUGAGCAGGAAAUUGAGUCAUUGAUAAAGGCAAGGUCCAAUGAGAAUGAUGAGCAGAUCAUUGCUUUCAAGACUCCUCCCAUAACUUGUGAUCUUCAGACUAAAGAAUCUGAUCCUAGCAAUACUGAACCUAUUACUAGUGAUGAUAAUUAUGCUUCAUGGGUUAUGAAGUACCCCUCUGCAUUGAGCAUGUUUGAUGAGAUGUUGAAUGCAGCAAAAGGGAAAACCAUCGUUGUGUUUUUGGAUUAUGAUGGAACCCUUUCACCGAUCGUUGAUGACCCUAAUCAGGCAACUAUUUCGGAAGAGAUGCGCUCAGCGGUCCGUGAUGUAGCCGAGCAUUUUCCAACAGCAAUUAUCAGUGGAAGGUGCCGAGACAAGGUGUAUGAGUUUGUACAGCUAACUGAUAUAUACUAUGCUGGAAGCCAUGGGAUGGAUAUAAUGGCCCCAGUGCGGACUAUCCGGCCGGCCAACGCCGAUUACCAAACAAGAACAGUUGAUACAAUGGGGAAUGAAGUUGUAGUUUUCCAACCUGCGCAAGAGUUCUUACCAGCAAUUCAAGAGAUAUUGAAGGCAGUGGAGGAAAAGACCAAAACAAUUCGGGGUGUUACAAUAGAAAACAAUAAGUUCUGUGUAUCUGUUCACUUCCGGAAUAUUGAUAAAGAGGACUAUUUCGAACUUGAAGAGCAAGUGAAGUCUGUGCUUGAAGAUUACCCAAAAUUUCACCUAACUAGGGGCAGAAAGGUUAUGGAAAUACGUCCAUCUAUAAAGUGGGACAAGGGUCAUGCCCUAGAAUAUCUACUCGACACUCUUGGGUUUGGUGAUUCCAAUGAUGUCCUACCAUUGUACAUCGGAGAUGAUCGAACCGAUGAAGAUGCUUUCAAGGUAAUACAGAGUAGAGGACAAGGGUAUCCUAUUAUUGUGUCUUCAAUCCCUAAGGAGACUAAUGCUUCAUACUCUCUUUGUGAUCCAUCGGAGGUCUUGUCUUUCUUGAACCGUCUUACUGAAUGGUGGAACUCUUCUUUAGGUUAGUUUUGUCUAUGUCAAAAUCAUUUCAGCCCUCACCACCAUUGGGCAUACCAUAGGUUUUUUUUUUAAAACAUAAUAAGGUGCUCAAAGAAGAAGAUAUAGAGAAACAGAUACUUGAAAUGAGAUACUGAUCAUAGGUUUAGAUUUUAGAGUCACUUGUUUCCAUAGAGGAUCUUUUUGGCAGAUUUUGGACAUCAAAGCAGUUGUAAUUGACUUUUAUCAUAGUGAUAAUUAAAUUAAAGCUUCCUUGGACUA